CAGUGGGAGGACCAUCCUCAUGCCAGGACUUGCUGCUUCUGCAGCGCGCAGCUUCGACUGGAGGAAAGUGCGCCGAGGUAACGAGUGGCGGCUUCAGCGUCACUCCGCAAGGAUCUCCCCUCAACGCCCUUUUCAAUCUUGAAUUCCCUCCCGAUCGUCCAGAAGCGAGGCUGUAAUGAGUGAGCUGCAUGACGGGCUGAGGGUUCUGUGACCUCACCUUCGCCACUUUCUCAGCCCUUUCUGCACCUCUGACUGACUAAGAGGGGGAGGCAAAGCAGGACUCACAAAAAGUGCUUCCACGCAGUCUGCAAAGGAGAGCCCCGCAUUCAGCAUGGAGGAGGGAUACGAGCUGGACCUGACGUACAUCACGGAGCGCAUCAUCGCCGUGUCCUUCCCGCGGGGAUGCCUGGAAGAGAUCUACGCUCACAACCUGAAGGAUGUCACACGAAUGCUCAAGUCCAAGCACGCAGACAAUUACCUUAUUAUCAACCUGUCAGAGAAAAGACAUGACCUGUCAAGAAUGAAUCCAAAGACUCUGGAAACUGGCUGGCCUGACAUGCAUGCCCCACCUCUCGAUAAGAUCUGCACCAUCUGUAAAGCCAUGGAGAGCUGGCUCAAUGCGGACCCGCUUCAUGUGGUGGUUAUCCACUGCAGGGGCGGCAAAGGGCGAAUCGGCGUUGUCGUUUCAUCCUUUGUCCACUUCACAGACGUAUCCGCCAGUGCUGAUCAGGCAUUGGACCGCUUCGCCAUGAGGAAAUACUACGAUGAUAAGGUGUCUGCUCUUAUGACCCCUUCACAGAAGCGGUAUGUUUGGAUCCUCAACAGCCUCCUUAGCGGAUCCAUGAAGAUCAACGCCUCACCUUUAUUCCUGCACUGCAUCAUCCUCCACGGAAUCCCCAACUUUGAGUCCUCUGGAGUAUGUCGACCCUACGUCAAAGUUUACCAGGGAAUGCAAGUGGUGUAUUCAUCUGGAAUCUAUCGCAUCGGUCCAGGCCACAGGGGGCGGAUCUGCGUCACCUUAGAGCCUGCCCAGCUUCUCAAAGGGGACAUUAUGAUUAAAUGUUACCACAAGAGUGAGGUUUCGUCAGAGCGUGAGGUGAUUUUCAGGCUGCAGUUCCACACGGGAGCACUGCAGGGCUAUAAGCUGAUGUUCGAUAAAGAGGACAUGGAAGCCGCCAACAAAGAUUCCAGAUUUCCAGAAUACGGAAAAGUGGAGCUGGUUUUCUCAGAGGGACCGGAAAAGAUUCCUGGUGCUGACAGAUGGCAUAACGGCAUGGACGUGACUGUGGACUACAAUACCGCCGACCCGCUGAUCCGCUGGGACUCAUACCAGAACAUGUGUGAAGCAGAAGGGACUGGAGCACUGAUACGCUCCCAAAGUCUAAGCCAGGACAAAGCAGCUACCAAGAAGACCCCCAACGGAGGAGAGGCCACACUGGGUCGAGGGACCUGCACCACAUCCGCCACCUCCAGUCCCGACCACAGCGAUCACGCCCUCUCCGUCAGCAGCGACUCGGGCCUGUCUAGCACCUCCCUCUGGACAGACAAACCCAUCGUUUCGUCCGCCGCCGUUACCUCUGCCACCGUCCGCUCCAACAAGGGUCCCAGCCAGCAGGAGAAAGUCCAGCUCAAACAGCUGUUGAGUGGAUUCGGAGUGGAGGACCCCUCGCUGGAGGAGAUGGACGAUCCAUCCCCAAGAGUGGGCAUGCAUCAAAUAAUCCCAGCUCAAGUGCACAUGAAUGGCGAUCCCUCAAGAGGUCCUCGAGAGAGGGAAACAGACAUCCUGGAUGAUGAGGUCAUUACAGGCCAGGAUCUGCAUAGCGUGGACAGCUUUGGGACCUUGUCAUCGUCCUGCCAUAAAAGCAGCCAGAACUCCCUCCUCUCAGAUGGCUUUGGGAGUCCUGGAGGAGAGGAGCAGCAAAGCCAAAGCCAGACUCAGCUCCAUCACCCGCUACCUUCUCCCAUGGAAGACUUUGAGAGACAGUACGGUGAUGCGAGAAGGGGCCAUAUUGGCUCCGGGAGCAACUCCGUGGCUCCCUCCAAGCCCAGCAGCGCUUCUGUGCCAAAGCAGCACGUCUACCUACAGGGAAACUAUUCCACACAGUCCUGGGUCCGCCAGCAACAGAUGGUUGCCGCACAACAGUUAAUCUACAUGCCUGAGGAUGGAAAUGAUGCAGAAAGGUACCAAGGGAACAAACAAAGGAGGACUUCACCUAAAGAAGGCCUGACCUUGGAGCAGCAGGACUCCGCUCUGAGAGACACAGAUCCUCAUAAGGAGCAAGCAACACUCAACAAUAACAACACCAAACGAGACGACGAGUUCAAAUCUCUUACCAUGGACAUUGACAACUCCAUCGAUCAGCUCAACCAGCUCAUCAUGGACCUGGAUCCCACUUUUGUGCCGCUCUCCAGCAAGAGCAGCUCCAUCAAGAGAAACGGUGGCGCGCAUGUAAAUGGCUCGACUUCCAAGUGCUCCAACGGCAUCAAUCUGCGAUUCAGCGAGAACAACACGCAGCAGAUAGCUCUCCAAUCCAACAAAGGGGAUGUCACACGAAGUCUGAGUUGCCAAGGGAGUGACGUCACGGAUCGCCCAAGGUUCUGCAACUCGGGGAGGACGGGACCAGAGGAGUACAGAAACCAGAGGACGCAUUCGCCCCGUUUACCACAGACACAGCAUACCGUGUUGUGCAGGAGUAACAGUGCUGACUACAGGACGCAAGUUCCAGAUGCAGACAACGGGGUUGAAGCUGGGUGUGACGGAACUCCACCCACGCCCGCCUUCCCAAUAUCGCCACCUACACCAUACGUGAAAAACGUGUCAGAGUUUACUCAGUCAUUCCGGCAAACACCACCUCCCAGCAUUCAUUCCUAUGGAGGCUUCAGGACAGAUCACGAUUCGCGAGGAUAUUCAGAGAUGAUCAAUCAUGCUGGAGUUGACAGUGUAUCAAAUUCCGCCAUCAGCUGUCACAGGAUACAAAAUACGACACAUUCUGCCUCCAUCGUUGGGUCGCAUCAGCGGAUAGACAGUCCAUCAGUGAAUCAGUCUUGGCCAGAGCAUCCCGUCCUGAGCCGUCAAGCAUCUUUGAACAGCUUCCCUUCCAGCAGGCAAGCCCCCCAGCACCCCGCGUCACUGGACUAUGGCCCCCAACACGUCCACCCGGCUCCUAACGCCCACAGCUCGCCUCGAAGCAGCCAGCGAAGCCAUAUGGCUCGCUAUGACCUCAGGCACAGUCCUGCCCAAAGCUUUGACGAGCAGGAUGACUUAGGUCUUGAUUACGGUUCACACUGUCCGACCCCUGCCUUGCUGCUCGGAAAUGGGAGUAGGGAAAGGGAUAACCUUAGCUCCUUGGAUGAGAAUCAAUCACAGUCCUUCCUGAUGCAACCCCCACAUCUGCCUGAGAAGAAAAGGGUGUCCGAUGGGGAACGUGGGGGAACAUCCUCCCCAGCCCUGAGCGGAUUCUCAAGUCCACACAGCGGGAGUUCGUUGAGUAUCCCCUUCCCCAACGUCUUGCCCGACCUGUCGGCUCAGAUACCAAGAACAGGCUCACCUCUACCAGAUGUGCUUGCGAGCAAGGUUACUGUCAAAUUUGUACAAGACACAUCCAAAUUCUGGUACAAGCCUGACAUCUCAAGAGACCAAGCCAUCUCAGUCUUAAAGGACAAGGAACCAGGCUGCUUCAUUGUGCGCGACAGCCAUUCCUUCAGAGGCGCCUACGGGCUAGCAAUGAAGGUGGCCACACCCCCGGCUUCAGUUCUCCAGCAGAGCAAAAAAGGCGGCGAUCUUGCCAAUGAAUUAGUGCGCCACUUCCUGAUUGAGUGCACACAGAAGGGUGUUCGCUUGAAGGGUUGCCCCAAUGAGCCCUAUUUUGGAAGUUUAACUGCACUAGUUUGUCAACAUUCAAUAACUCCCUUGGCCCUGCCCUGUAAACUCAUCAUACCAGACAGAGACCCUCUAGAAGAUGUGGUGGAGAACAUGUCUCAGUCAGUCACUAACUCUGCUGCAGAACUGCUCAAACAGGGAGCAGCCUGUAAUGUGUGGUACCUGGGCUCGGUCGACAUGGAGUCCCUGACGGGGGUGCAGGCGGUGCAGAAAGCCACCGGACUGACUCUGAGCUCCAACCCGCCUCCCACUUCCACAGUGGUCCACUUCAAGGUGUCCUCGCAGGGAAUCACCCUCACUGACAACCAGAGGAAGCUUUUCUUCAGGAGGCACUACAAUGCCAACACGGUCAUCUUCUGUGCUUUGGAUCCUCAAGAUAGAAAGUGGAAAAGGGAUGGCUGCACGUCAGCAAAGAUCUUUGGCUUCGUGGCGAGAAAAAGUGGCACCUCCAUGGACAACGUGUGCCACCUGUUUGCUGAGCACGACCCAGAGCAGCCGGCCAGCGCCAUCGUCAACUUUGUGUCCAAGGUGAUGAUCGGCUCGCUGAAGAGUAAGUAGGACGACCGCCUCCUGGAAAAACGAGGAACUAUAAAUGUGAGACGAUGAUGAGCGAGACAUUCUACUGAACAUGGACUCUCAUGACUUCAGUUCCACACCCUUAUAUGUGAUGUUUCACUAUUAAACAGUAAGGGCAUUAAUAAUGUCAUUUCAUUUACGAAAUCAUGGAGAAGUGUGUUAGAGUGGCGUGCGUGUAUAUAAAUUGGUUUGAUUGGAUGUAUAGUGUGCAUAUAUGAUCUAUGCACCAUAAAAAAAAGUUUUAUUUUUUUAAACCGUACUUAAUCAUGUUCUGCAUUAUAAGUCUUCCGUUCUGUGUGUACGACAGCUGUCAACAUGAAAAAUGAAAAAGAGCGAGUGAUUGUGUGUGUGAGAUGAAAAUUAUUUUAAGUAAACCCUAAUAUAUAUUGUGUAUUCCUCUACCCCAUGACACAAGCUGGUUACAGUGUCCAAUUAUACCAAAUUUAUUGUCUUUUGGGUCGGGUUUUUUUUUUUUUCUUUUUAUGAGGGCACGUCCCCAUGCAUGACUUUGUGGGACACUGAGCCAAUUCAACAUUUAAAUAAAACAUUUGAAAACAACACGAUGAAAUUAUCUCACUGUAAAACAAUAUUGAACAAACCCAGUGAAUUAAAAAAAAAAGUCUGUUUCAAGAUCACCCCUACUUUGAAAAUCAAGAGCUGCAAAUAUAUACCGCUGUAUUAUCACCCUUUGUUAAGUGUCCAUAUUGCCAUCACCGAAUCUUAUUCUUUGUUCUUUAUUGUUCUCAAACUGCUGCUCAUUUGAAACACACUGUGUGAGGACAACGCUGUUGCGUUCAUCCAUUGUUAAAUCCUCAUCUUUCUUUCCAUUGCUGAAGUUAUUAGAACGUUUGUAAAGAAAAACAAUAUUUAUUUUUCUCAAUCCCCCAGCGCCACCAAAAAAGAAAAAGAGAAUUUUAUUAAGGACCGGUUUUGUUAUAUGAUGCGUUAUUUCUCUUUCUCACGCUGGAUUGCCUCGCCCCUGAAGUCCUCUAGUGCCCCCUAGGGGUGGCUAUUAUCCUCAGUAACAAAAUGGGCUUCCACUUCUCUCGAGCUUUUCUGAGCGCUUGAACGCAGCCUACUCAUUCAGAUACGGAUGGCGCACCAUUUCUGUAUCCAAUAGCCUGCCAUGAAUUUUGUCCUAACCCUCCUCAAAGCUGAUUCUUUAACAUGAAGUUUGAGUAGCGGGUUUCCAAAUAUCGUCUUUAUUUCUCUGAAACUGCCAUGCCCUUGUUCAACUAAGAGAGAAAGAAAUACUCUUUUUCGACUGCAAAAUUGUCCAAUAGUGGCUGGGGAAAAGCUGAAAAAUAUCAUUAUUUUGUGGGAUGAAUUUUCUUCUCGUUCCACGUCAAACAACCCGAAGUUAUCUGAGAAGUAUUUUUCUCUAUUUUUCUCAAUCUACUGCCUCUCUUCAGAUCUUUAGCACCCCUUGCCGGCUGAAGGAGAACAGUCCAUACCCUCGUUAAAAUGAAUUUCUGAAGGCACCUCACAAAAAAAAAAAAAAAAAAUUCGUCAAUUUUGCUACAAAACUGCUUUCUUUGUUCUUCUCAUUCUGCUGCGCCUCCCCUUCUUCUGGUGCCCCCUAGGGGGGGAUGUUCCCGCAAAUUUUGAAAACUGUUGUUCUCAGUACAGCGCUGGAGGAUAUUUCACUAUAUUUCUUGUAUCAGUGUCUGAAAAGAAGCCGUAAUUUUAACGUUCAUUCAGUCUGUUCCAGGACAUGUAUUUUGUGUACCGUGUGGUUGCUGUGAAAGACAUAACCUGUAUUUCCAUUUUGCUUUCGCUUAUAUCACCACAGUGUGGCUCUGUAUUUCCUAUGUACAAAAUGGUAAAAAUGUCCUCAUGUAAGUGGACCUCUGUGCUACAGUUUAUUCUUAUAUGCAAAGGGAAUUGUUUCGAUGUGCUCUGUAAAUAAAAACAAUGAAACAUUUGUAUCAAA